GGCUGACGACGGAGCAGAUGCUUCGGAAGGACCUCAAAGUCAUCUCCAGUGACGAGUUGCUCCUUGGCAUCAGUGGCAUCUACGUAGAUCUGGAAACCUUCCUGCUCCGUCCUAACUUGCUGCAGGACCUGGAAACUUUCUGCCAGGCUCGUGGCUACUCAGCCUUGGUGGCCAUGACCGUGUCCUUCAACGAGCGCCACGAACCCUCUCGCCAACUCGGGGUCUACAGCCAGAACCAAACCCUGCGUGGCACAGUGUGUCGGGCGCUGGAGGAGGCCACGACGCCAUCUUUGCACCUCCAACCUCUGCCGAGCCCGUGGUCCUGCGUGGCUGCCUAUGCCCAGGGCAAUGCCUUGGCAUCACGGAAGAAGGUCCUGCCCAUCCUGAGGGCAGCUCUGGGGGGUUUGGGUACUGCUGGGGGCUCUGAGGAUGAGGUGGUCCCACCCCCCACCCCCAUGAACAGUUUGGUGGAGGAAUGUCCACUCGCCCAGGCCGUGCCCCCGUUGUGCCCUCAGGAUGUCCUGGACAGGGUCAGUCGCAUGGCAGCAGGACAAGCCUUUGGCUCUCCAAAAAAAGAGUGA